GCCGAGAACAUAUUUUUAUCACAAAAUUCUAUUGAAGAUGUCGUAAAAUUAUACAAGGAUCUACUUAAAUGGGAUGAUGCUAUUGAGAUUGCCGAAGCUAAAAAUUGGUCUGGUUUGGACAAACUCAAGAAAGAUUAUCACCAUUGGUUGACGGAAACUGGACAAGAGGAGAAAGCUGGUGAUUUACGUCAAAAAGAUGGUGAUUUUAAUGGUGCAAUAACAUUAUAUCUUCGUGCUGGCGUACCUGGUAAAGCCGCACGUUUAGCAUUAACUGAACCAGAAAUUUCAUCAGAUAGAGUACUGGUGGAAAGAAUCAUUAUGGUACGCUUGGAAAAGUUUUGGGCAUGGUGCAUAUAUAAUGUCUUUCCUUUUUUAAUAUCUGUUUAGGUGUAAAAAACUAACAGCAUAUCUUAAUGAAGUAUUAUACUUGAACUUGUUAAAUGUAUGUAGCGGCUCAAAAGGUUGGUGAUCUAGUCAAUAUCACUAUCAGUAGUGGAGAGUUGUCUUAACGGAGGACAAAGGGAAGUUUUUCGAUUUAACACUAUAGUCUAGGAAGGUUAUCAUUUGAGUCAUUAACUCAAUGCGAACUGUAUGAAAAAGUUGGUGAACUAUAUCAAAGUUUAGGUCAAUCAGAGAAUGCACUGCGUUGUUAUCGUCAAGGUAAUUGUUAUCAAAAAGCAAUCGAAUUAGCUAGAAUAUCUUUUCCAUCAAAUAUAUUACAAUUAGAAGAGGAAUGGGGUGAUUAUUUAAUGACAAAACAACAAAUGGAUAAUGCAAUUAACCAUUUCAUUGAAGCUGGUGCAUACAUUAAAGCUACUGAUGCAGCUAUCAAUUCUUGUCAAUGGACAAAAGCUUCUCAUAUAUUGAAUUCAAUGGAAAGUAAAAAAUCCUCUGAACAAUUAUCACCAUAUUUUCUUAAACUUGCUCAACAUUAUAUUGGAUGUCGUGAAUACAAUGCAGCAGAACAAGCAUUUAUUAAAGCGAAUCAAUCAAAAUUAGCUAUUAAUAUGUAUAUUUCAAUAGGAAUGUGGGAAAAAGCACAUCAACUCGCAUCUUCAAUUAUGGAUCAAACAGAAUUAACUAAUAUGUAUUUGUCACAUGCUGAAGAAUUUGAAAAAAUUGGUAAUUACAAAGAAGCCGAACGUUUAUACUUAACUGUUAAAGAAACUGAUCGAGCAAUAUCCAUGUAUAAAAAUACACGUCAAUAUAGAGAGAUGUUACGUUUAGUUAAACAAUUUAAUUCUGAUUUAUUGAAUCAAACUUAUUUACAUUUAGCUGAACAAUUUCAAAGUGAAGGCAAUUUUAAACAAGCAGAACAGUAUUAUUUAGAGGCUAAAGAUUGGAAAUCAGCUGUAAGUAUGUAUCGUACAAUUGAUCGAUGGGAAGAUGCUUAUCGUGUUGCAUCAAGUUGUACAGAACAACCGGAAUUACGCAAACAAGUAGCAUAUUUAUGGGCAAAACAUUUAGGUGGUGAAUCAGCAGUACGUUUGUUAACACGUUUACGUUUAAUAGAAAAUGCUAUUGAUUAUGCAACAGAACAUUGUGCAUUCGAUUUUGCGUUUGAAUUAGCUCAAUCUGGUUCUUGCACUGAACGCUUACCGGAAGUUCAUAAUAAAUAUGCAAUGUUCUUGGAAGAUGAGGGAAAAUUUACGGAAGCUGAAGAGCAGUUUAUGAAGGCAGGUAAACCUAGAGAAGCAGUACUUAUGUAUGUUCACAAUCAAGACUGGGAUUCAGCUGCACGUGUUGCUAGUGAACAUGAUCCAGAUAGUAUAAAUGAUGUAUUGCUUGGACAAGCUAGAUUAGCAUUUGGAGAAAAAGAAUUCGCUCAAGCUGAAGCACUUCUCUUAAGAGCUCAACGUCCUGAUAUGGCAGUACGUGUAUAUCGUGAGGCAGGUAUGUGGGAAGAAGCAAUACGGGUAGCUGAAACAUAUUUGCCUAAUCGAGCUGAAGAGCUAAAGGAAGAACUACGCGAAGAAAGAAUGCAUGCAAUAACGGGUGGACCAAGAUUAUCCAAUCGUAAACAAUCUACUGAUGAUCGAAACACAUCAUAUUCAGCAAUCAAUGAGUUAAAAAAUUCAACUACAAAUACUUAUUUUAUACAAGCAAGAAAUUAUGAAUCCAAUGGGGAAUAUUUACGUGCAGUUGAAUAUUAUUUAAAAAUUACUCCUAAUACAAAUUCUGUGGAUAAUAAUUCAAAUGAUUCAAUUAAACAAUCUAUUACACCAGAAUUAUGUGAAAAUGCUUGGUUACAUGCUGCUAGUUUAGCAGUGAAAUUUUUACCAACUGAUAGUUCAGUUAAAGUGACUGAAUUAGUAGCUUCACGUUUAGCAUCAAUUCAACGCCAUACAUUGGCUGGUGAAUUACUUUUAAGUAUUGAUAAAAUACAUAAAGCUAUUGAUGCAUUUAUUGCUGGUGAGAAUUGGUCAAAGGCUAAAUGUGUAGCACGUGAACUAGAGCCACGUUUAGAAGCAUAUGUUGAAGCAAAAUAUAAAGAAGCAUUAAAAAUAAAGGGACAAGCUGAUACAUUAGCUAGUGUUGACAUAAAUUCAGCUUUAGAUAUGUAUGCAGAACAAGGUAAAUGGGAAAAGUGUUUAUCUACAGUGGAACAAUUAUUAAAUGAAGCAAAACAAAACGUUAAUGGUCACAGUAUGAAGGGUAAUGGAAAUAACACUAAUACAUUGUCAUCAUCAAAUGUUUUAAAAGAAUAUCAACGUUUACAUAAAUAUGUUGCUGUGUAUGCAGCUAAUUUAAUUAAAGAUUCACGUGUUUACGAUGCUAUGUUAUUAUAUAAAAAAUAUGGUACACCAGCAUAUAAGCAAAAUUUCAAUAUUUAUAAACGUAUAUUUCAAGGCAUAACAAGUCAACGUGGUCUAUACGGAUCAGAUGCUUAUCCAACAUGGUCAACUUUACGUGAUAUUUUAUUUGAUUUAAAUCAAAAUCUUAAACAAACCAAAUCUGAUAUACAACCAGAAAUUAUAAAAUUAUUUGAUCGUAUGCUUUUAGUGACACAUUAUUAUGCUAUUCGUUCAGCUUUAUUAUCAACGCAACAAGAUGUUAAAGAGAUCGUUACACAAAUUAGUGUAUCACUUCUUCGACAUUCUGAUAUAUUACCAGCUGAUAAAGUAUUCUACGAAGCUGGUAUUGAUUGUCGUCAAAUUGGAUGGAAUAAUAUGGCUUUUGUAUUUUUAAAUCGUUAUUUAGAUUUAGUUGAAGCUAUUGAAGAUCCAGAUAAUUCGUCUAAUACUUUAGACAGUUCAGAUUUUCAAGGUACUGAUAUACCUAUGGAAGUUCCUAUUCCAGAACAUCUUUAUACAACACAUAAAGAACAUGAAUCAAUACGUGAAUGGAUAUUAGCUAUAUCAAUGGAUCAUAAAUUUGAUCAAACAUUACCAAAAGAUGAAAGAGGUGUUUAUAUAGCUUCAUUAAAUUCACCUAAUAUUGGUUUAUCUUCAUUACCAUGUAUUAUUACAGGUUAUCCAAUACUUAGAAAUGGUAUUAUAUUUGAACCAUCUAAAAGAGCUGCUAUUCAAACAAAUUGGAAUAAAUUUUUGUAUAUAAUAAAAAUGAAUAAAACAUUUGAAUGUUUAAAUGUAAAAGAAUUCAUUGAACAAUGGUGUGGUACACCUACAUAUAAUAAAUGAAAUGUAAUAUAAUAGAAAAGAAAUACUUCAAAUACUUGUUUCCCUUUCAUUCCUAUUACUUACUUACUUACUUACUUACGCCUGUUACUCCUAUAAUGAAGCAUAGUCCGCCGACCAGCAUUCACCAACCCACUCUAUCCUCCACCUUCUUUUCUAGUUUCAUCCAAUUCUUGUUCAUUUUUUUCAUGUCUAUCUUCGUUUUCCGGCGUAAUGUGUUCCUUGAUUUUCCUCUUUUCCUUUGGUCUUGAGGAUUCCGUGUGAGGGUUUGUCUUGUGAUGUAGUUGGGUGUUUUCCUCAAUGUGUGUUCUAUCCACCUCCAGCAAUUCUUCCUCAUUUCUUAUUUAUUAAAUGGAUAUGGUUCAUUAUGUAGGCGAAAUUAUAAUUUAUGGAUAGAUCAAUCAGAUUUACAAGAACAGGUCUUGGAUUUCAGCCCCCGAAAUUUCAUUCACCCAUUUUGGUUAAAUAAAGUUUUGGCAUUAUAAAGCUGAUGUCAAUUCGUGAUGAAACUACCUUAAAUCUAAUUCCUAAUCUUAACAAUCAACUGUAAAUCAUAUAAUCCUUAUUCUUUAAACUGUUUUAUAUAACCCUCGUUUAGCCCUAGUAAGUAAGUAGGUAAACACUCACAAGAUCAUUUUAGCGUUGUCAUUCAAAAGUCGUUCAUAAAUUAUAGUCUCAUUCAUUAUGUAAGCUAUUUUCAAACAAUUGCUUCUUUAUGUAUGUUCAGGUUUAUUUUUCUUCUAAAUGAUUACAUUUCUGAAAAUAGAUGUAAUGCGAAUAUACUUUAGGUAACCCCGUAAUAUUUUAAUGAACCCUAAAUUUGAAAUUCGAUUCAUCCGGUUUAUAAAAAAGUGGUAGAUUUGUCCGAUAUCUAUCGACCAUCAGAAUUACCCAGCAAAGUUAUCUUCACUAUCCAGCAGUGCCACCUAUAGGACUUUGAGUCGAAUUUUUCUGUCAAAUAAGAACACUAAUGAGAGUGGAGUGAAUGGAUCUAGCAUACAAUUCUAUUUGCUGUUUAUUAUUUUAUUCCUCAUUAUCUGACUUCUUUGUGACCAGACAAUACUGAUUCUGAUGUUAUAUAUAACCUAUUGUAUGUGUUCUAUUAACCUGACACGUUCAGAACAAAGGUGUAUAUCAAAAGUUGCAUACAUAAAAGUGAUUUUGUUUAUGUAAGCUAUUUUCAAACAAGAUUACAUUUUUAAAUAACAGAUAGAUAACAAAUAGAAACAGAAUUGUGUUUCGAUUUCCAAUCUCUUAGAUUGAAUUUUUUCUUUCUUUUCAACUAAGAUUUUCACUGAUUUACCAUUGUUCAAUCAUCAAGUUUGAG